AGCUUGGAGACAUAGCAAAGCAAAGCAAUUACAUUCAAGCCUCUUGAACAAAAAACCAUCUUGUCUCAGUUCAUUUUUACCUCAAGAAGCAAUAUGUCGAGCAAGUGUAGCGACUGUAGCUGCACUGACAGCAGCCAGUGCACGAAGAAGGGAAGCAGCUACGACUUGGUCAUAGUUGAGACUGAGAACCGCUCCAAGGACACUGUGAUCAUGGAUGCCCCAGCAGCUGAGAACGAUGGAAAGUGCAAGUGCGGCCCAAGCUGCUCCUGUGUGGACUGCAAAUGUGGUAAUUAAGCCCACACAAACACACACUUAAGACGUGAUUAAUAAAAGUGUCGUUUUAAUUAUGGGAUUGUGAAGUCCUUAAUAAAGUAAUUAUGGGAAAUAACAUUGUGGCUUUGUGUUUAGCUUGUUAUUGUAUUUUGAGUCUGUUGAGUGACAUGUAGUCUCUGUCUCUGCUGUCACUCAUCAUGCUGUGUUCUGUUUCUUUGAUUGUGUCAUGUAAUGUAAUUGUAAUGGCCAUCGUUCGCGGCCUUUGUGAUGUUCAAUGAAAUAUUAUUAGUAUACUCUUGUCA